AUGUCUGGAAUUCCCCGUCGCAGCCCGAUCCACACGCAUUGUGGUCAACGACCAACCGUUUUCGACCGACAAGCGGGCAUGCAAAGCCAAUUCGAUCGUCCUGACUUCCUCCUCUUCCCUGUGCAAUCCACCGACAAAGCCCCGAUGCUGGCACUGGAUUCGUCGAGACAACAGCAAACCCCAUACUUUCAGCAUUUCACAAUGGAUCCCGCAAUGAUCGAAUCGUUUGGGUUCCAUGUAGAUAACUUGAACGGAUUCGGUCAAGCCCCUACUUCGGCCAACAUUCCUCAGUCCUCAUACUACGAUACGCCGCCUGUGUAUACGGAGUCCUUCGACGCCAAUAAAGGGGCCGGCUUACCACCCAUGCCGGCAACUCCACCGUCUAUUCCCACGUCCCGAACCUCUGAUGCUUACAUGCCUGGGCUCUGUACUGCUUCUGGACCAUCGGUUGCAAGCGCCUCAUCCUCGGCCAUUGGCUCCCCCUACUCGAGUAAUGCGCAGAUUGUCCAGGAGAACUGGAUCGACACUAGUCACGGCCUGGGGCUUCCCGCUGCAGUCAUGGGUGACCUGUAUGAUUAUAUGGGGAACCCUUUCGACUCGGACGGGAUCUACGGGAAGAAAUAUCCGGACAGCUUUGUUGACCCUUCCAUGAUUCAGCCAAUGCAACAGCAACAUUCUCAUCUCUCACCCCCCGAACUCUCUUAUACUGAACAGUCUGAUUUCUCCUUACCCCAGGCUGGCUUCCUUCCCCAAUCCCCUGCUCCUCAGCCUCUAAUUACCGAACUCUAUUCCACAAAACACUCCAUGCCACGGCCCCCAAUGCCCGCCUCUCCCUCAUUGGUGCCUUCUAAUUCUCACCCUGUUUCGACCUAUGAUCGAAGGUCCUCUAUUUCAUCAAUCCAGUCUCGCCGUUCGCAACCAAGCCCUGCCGCAAGCAGCCCUGGAGCUGACGAGGAUGGCAAGGAAAAGGAUCGAUGCCCUCACCCGGACUGCGGGCGAGUCUUCAAAGACCUCAAGGCUCACAUGCUGACCCACCAAUCUGAGAGACCUGAGAAGUGCCCAAUUGUCACCUGCGAAUACCAUUUUAAAGGGUUCGCGCGCAAAUAUGACAAAAAUCGGCACACCCUGACCCAUUACAAAGGGACAAUGGUCUGCGGUUUCUGCCCGGGAUCGGGGUCGCCCGCAGAAAAGAGCUUCAAUAGGGCUGACGUCUUCAAGCGCCACCUAACUUCCGUCCAUGGGGUGGAGCAAACACCGCCGAACUGUCGGAAGAGGAGCCCAGUUUCAUCUACCAAUAAAGGCGUUACUGGAUACUGCCAUGACGCCACUGGCAAAUGCUCCACAUGUUCGGCCACCUUCAGCAAUGCUCAGGACUUCUACGAGCAUCUGGACGACUGCGUUCUCCGGGUUGUUCAACAGGAGGAGCCUAGUGAGGCCAUCAACCAGCAACGGCUUGCUGAAGUCGAGUCCGACGAGGAAGUUAAAAAGACCAUGGAAAAGCACAUGUUACUCGACACGGCUGGUACCGUUGAUCGAUAUGACGAUGACAAUGAUGAUGAUGAUGACUCUAACGACUUUACAUCCACGCGGCGGUCCGCCAAGUCUCUCGCCAAGGCAGCUAAAGGGAAUUCCGGCACUGGUUCCCGUCCUAUCCUGGGAAAUAAUGUUGUCGCCAAGCGUGCGACUGGAUCUAAGCGACGAAACAACCGUGACCGCUAUCCUCAGUCCUGGGGUUGCCCCAGCAGCAACAUUAAAACCAAGAAGCGCGUUCUGUGUGUUUUUGAUGGCCAACGCCGUUUGUGGAAGGAUGAAAUGAUGCUUGACAGUGAAUUUGAAGUUCGACUCAAGCUCCCCGGUGGUGCAGGAGAUGGUACCAACCGCGAGGCGUACGUCACUGAUCUGGAUGUUGAAACGCUCAAGCGUGCUGAGGGAGUCCUGAGUGCCAAUGAUGAGGAACGUGGUUCUUGGAUGGACGGUCCUUCGAAUCAUCUAAUUGGGCAGCCGGCCAUGAUACUGCCUGACUACUCCCUGCCUCGGGAGGUGGAUGUGGAUAUCGAGGAGUUGAUGUCCUAA